AUGGCAUUAACAUAUUCGACAAACGAUAAUGAAUUAAAGAUGGUAAUGAAAAUGUGUAAAACAACAACAUCUGAGUGGUUAGUUGGAGAUGAAAAGACAAAAAUUUAUAGACGUCCAUAUCUUCAUGAAUUUUUAAGAUUAUUAUUAGAAAAACCCAACUAUCGAUCUUAUGCAUCUUAUAUUAAUAUUAAUGAGGGUAUAUUUAAACUUCAUUUACCAUCAUCGUGUGCAAAAUUAUGGCAACAUGUUAAAGGACGUCAUGGUGGACUUGAAAUGACAUAUGAUAAAUUUGCACGAGCUAUUCGAUUUUAUUAUAAAUUAGAUAUUAUUAGACAAACAUCAGGACAAUUUACAUUUCAAUUUGGACCAAAUUCUGGAUUUGGAACAUUAUGGAAACCACAACAACUUAACGAUAUUAGAAAAUUACCGUUCAAAAAACGUCCUUAUCAAUAUCUUGAUAUACGACAACAAUCAGAUGAUGAAAAUGAAAUAGAUGGAUGGGUAAGCGUACCAGCUCCGGUUAAUGUUACCUGA